AACCUAUGCGCUAUUCGGACGUAUUAGCACAAAACAGUAACGUUCCAACAGGUGCCCCGACCGGUAGUGAGUGAGUGAUUAAUUAACCUAACGAACGAAAAUCAUUAAUUCGAAGAGACGGAGUGUAGUAGAACGAACAGUGAAGCAACAUUGCCAGCCAGCGCCACUGAAUUCGGUCAGCCGAUCAGCCGAUAGUGUCACUCGUCGUCAGUCGUAGGAAGCAGCCCAGCUCCGGAUUCCGGUAGUAGCCAUCAUGGGCAACGCCUGCUCGAGUAAUUCCAAAAUUCAAUCUCCGGUGCCCGGUGGUAGAUACCAGCCUGAGAACGAAAAAACGCACACCACAGCAACCUGCAUGACCAACGGCAUCAGCACCAGUGGCUCCCGUAAUGCAGCGCCAGCAGUCUGUGGUGAACUGUCAAACAGCAAGGAAGCACUCCGGAGCAGCAGCAAGCAGACCGCUCUAGCAGCAGGCAGUACCAUCUGUAACAACACCAGCAUGAGUGAAGCAAGUCGCGACCGUCUUGGCCAGUGGCCAGUGGAAUCCGAUGCCGAGGUGGCCGGCGGAGUGCCCGGAUUUGCGCGUCUCCGCAACGGACGCUUCAACAAGGGUCUUGCGUUUACGAUCGAAGAGCGUCAAUCGUUGGGCAUCCACGGUUUGCUGCCCGCCAACGUCCGCUCCGAGGAGGAACAGCUGAAGCACUGUUUGGUUCUGCUGAAUCGCUAUGAGAACGAUCUGGACAAAUACAUUUAUCUGGUGAGCUUGAUGGAUCGUAACGAGCGCCUGUUCUAUCGGGUGCUGGCGUCGGAUAUUGGCAACAUGAUGCCACUGGUGUACACACCGACCGUCGGUUUGGCUUGCCAGAAGUACAGCAUGAUUUUCCAGCAGCCAAAGGGUAUGUACAUCACGAUCAACGACAAAGGACACGUGUACGACGUGUUGAAGAACUGGCCCGAGACGGACGUACGUGCCAUCUGCGUCACGGAUGGCGAGCGCAUUCUAGGCUUGGGAGAUUUGGGUGCCAACGGAAUGGGAAUUCCAGUCGGAAAGCUUGCCCUCUACACGGCUCUGGCUGGUAUCAAACCGCACCAGUGUCUGCCAAUCACGCUGGACGUGGGAACCAAUACUCAAAGCAUCCUGGAUGAUCCCCUGUACGUGGGACUCCGACAUAAGCGCGUCACCGGAGAGGUUUACGAUGAGUUCAUUGAUGAAUUCAUGCAGGCUGCAGUUCGUCGCUUUGGCCGCAACUGCUUGAUCCAGUUCGAAGAUUUUGCCAACUCGAACGCUUUCCGGUUCCUGGAUAAAUAUCGUGAUGACUAUUGUACCUUCAACGAUGACAUCCAAGGUACGGCAUCAGUUGCCGUUGCCGGACUGCUGGCGUCGCUGCGUGUGACUAAAACUAAACUGAGUGAGAACAAGGUCCUGUUCCAGGGUGCUGGCGAAGCCGCUCUCGGCAUCGCCGAACUAUGUGUUAUGGCCAUGCGCAAGGAUGGCAUGAGCGAGAAGGAAGCUCGUCAGCGAAUUUGGCUGGUUGACAGCAAAGGUCUCAUCGUAAAGGAUCGCCCAAAGGGCGGAAUCUCCGGCCACAAGCACCGCUUCGCUCAUGAGCACGCCCCGGUCGAUACUCUGGCCGAAGCCGUCAAGGAGCUGAAACCAACGGUGAUCAUUGGGGCGGCAGCUAUCGCCGGCGCCUUCACACCGGAAAUCCUUCGUUCGAUGGCCGAAAUCAACGAACGGCCGAUUGUGUUUGCCCUGUCGAAUCCGACGAGCAAAGCCGAGUGUACCGCGGAGCAAGCGUACGAAAACACGGACGGUCGUUGCGUGUUCGCUUCCGGAUCGCCCUUCGCCCCCGUUACGUUCAAGGGUAAAAGCUACCAUCCCGGACAGGGCAAUAACUCGUACAUUUUCCCCGGUGUUGCUCUCGGUGUGAUUUGCGCCGGUGUCGCGACCAUCCCAGAGGACAUUUUCCUCAUAUCCGCCCAACGCUUGGCGGAGAUCGUUACCGAGGCUGAUCUGGAACAGGGCAGUCUGUACCCACCGCUGGAAUCGAUUCAGGAUUGUUCGAUUAAAAUUGCCGUCCGCAUUAUGGAGUACGCGUACCAAAAUGGACUCGCCUGCACAAAGCCGGAACCGAGCGAUAAGGAAGCGUUCGUACGUUCCCAGAUGUACGACCUGAGCUACAAGUCGGCCCUGCCGGCGAUCUAUCCUUGGCCUAAGUUGUAAACUAAACAGGGAAAAAACUAUUUGUGACGUUCAUUUCUGUAUUUUGCCUAGCAAACGAUUUCAAACGCGGGUUUCACAACUGUGAGUGGUUAUAUUUGGAUUAUGUUAGAUUGAUUGUAGGAAAGAAGAGAUAUUGCUGUAUAUUGUUUUAAAUGCCGUAGGUUAAUUUAGGUGAAAUGAUUUCUGUCAGAUCCAAAUGAGCUAGUGCUAAAACUGUGGCGUUCAUCUUUUGUUUCUCAUCUAAUUGCUAAUGUAUUAUCAUGUUUACUGUUUUUGUUAUUUCAUUGUACGUCUCCUCCGUACUCCCUCAGCAUCACGUAAAAUACAUACAUAAGGAAAGCUUCUAAUCCGUAAUUUAUUCGAUCCAAUCUAUUUUAUAAGAUAAUACUGCUGAACCAACUGUAAGAUGUGCGGUCAAGCGCUGACCAAUUAAUAGUUCCACAAAUAAAUGUCUAAAUGGCUAUCAAC